AUGGCUGUUUUGAGAAGUUAUCGAAUAUUUGGAUGUUGGAAAAUGCGAUGGUUUGAAUUAUUGCACUCAGGUAAGCUUCAAAAUGUUGGGAAUCCAAAAUUAGAUAAUCAAAAAAGUAAACUGAAACUCUGGAAUAUCCUGUUUGAAACUGAUAAAAUUUCUAGUUUUCUUGAUUUUUCUCUUGAAAAUCUUGAAAAAUGGUUGAUUUUAUCAGUUCCAAAUUGGAAUUUCAGUGGAGAUGCGGAAGCUAUGCCCAGUUUUUGAUUUUUUAUUCAAAAACUUUGAAUUAAAAAAAAAUUAUUUGGAACCAAAAAUGUUUUCUAGUUAUCCCACCCAACCUCCUCUAUUUUUUCAAUCAAUUUUUUCCAGAAUUUCACGGGAAUUCAAUUUGGUCGAGAAAACGACGAAUCGAUGAAGGAUAUCGGAUUUUGGAGUUGUUUGAUUCGAUUAGAUUCGGCUUGGUUCAUCAAUGCAAUUUUUUGGAUGAUUUGAAUAGAGGUUUUGGAAUUAUUGAAUUUCGGGUGAGAAGUUAUCGAAUAUUUGGAUGUGGGAAAAUGUGA